AUUAUUGAGGCUUGGUUAAGAGAGGAUUCCAGGCCUGCGAAGACAGUCACUUUUCCUGCUGGUCCGAGUUAUUCGCGCUACAGCGGAUGCUGCGUAUUUGUCAGCAUCGAGGAUCACAGAGAUCUCUUUCAACAAGGUUGUCUCCUACGUCAUGAACAACGACACCACACCUCCCAUCACCCUCACAAGACAACGGCUUCGCUCAAUGGAGCAGCACUCGCCCGAUUUUAAUAUGGAAGACUACACCAGCUCAACGGCCUUAUACACUCCCCCGAAUGCUCCAUAGUCUGCACAAUGGCAGCUACCAUCUUCCCCCGAUUCUCCGAAUUGCCUGCUGAGCUGCGAGAUACAAUUUGGGAGCUUGCGCUCCCUGGUCCGGCUAGACGUCGCCCAAAGCUCCUCAGGAAGGGACAGCAGAAUCCUCGAUGCCUACAUUCUUCACAGAAAAAGGACCCCGUGAUGCUUCAGGUCAAUCGAGAAUCUCGAGUUAUCGCCAAGCAAUUCUACGAGAGGCGCGAACACUACAAUUGUCGAUAUGGGAAAUAUUUCAAUUUCGAGCUCGACGACUUCUAUUUCGCCGGAACUUUGUUGUUCCCCGACUGGCGCAGACCUGCAGGCGCACGCCGCGAAGAGGAGUUCAACAUACCAUUUGCAGACCGCCGGAGGAUCAAAAAUAUCACACUUGCGUUCCCUUGGUCAUAUGCGUCCUCCUCUCCCUUCAACUUCGUCCGGAUAGCUGGGGAGGCAUUUCUUGGCUGUGUCUUGAACUUCGAUUCUUUGAAAGCGAUAACGAUUGAGAUUUGGCAGGACGAUGCUCUGGACAUCAUGGAUGUCAUGGCUCCUCGAAUGCAGGAACUGGACGUGUCAACGAACAGGAUGUUAAGAGUGCGUUUGACAAUGAUUAUGGACCACAUGCUGCGGGCUAGGGCAAGUAAUGAAGCAGUCUAUGAUGCCCCAACAUGGCGGAUACAAGUGGUGGCAGGAAACGAGAACUAGCCCAUCCAUCAUUGGUCCGACCGAUGUUGUCUCGGAUUUUGGUGCCAACCUCUAGUCUCGCGAGAUACCUAGAAAAUUAGUUUGGUUAUUGGACCGAACUCUCUUGCGCCGCGAUCUUAGGAUUGCGGAUGAAACUCGCCCUUAGCGCUUAGGGUUGGACGGUUCGACACUUGUCAGGAACCGAGUACACACUGAAUUUUUCAGAACCCAUCGAGCCCUUUCAUCCGCAAAUAUUCCUACUGCACGCACAAUGGCAACCAAAACCUUUCACCCGUUCCCUAAGCUUCCUCUUGAACUGCGGGAGAUGAUCUGGGAGCGCACCUUUCUUUCC